AUGGAUGUGACCUUGUUCAAGAUAGUGGAGAAUGUCAGACUUACAUUCUGAAGUGGUACUACGACAAAGGGCAGAAAAUGUGUGGUCAGUUCUG